CUUAUACAAUUUUACAUUUAAUAUUAAAAUAUUUUUUAUUAAUCUAUUAAUAUCAAGAAUCGAAUUGAUCUUUCUUUCUUUCUUUUUUUUUCUUAACAUCACCAAUCUUAUAUCUCCUUAACAUUGAAAUGUUGGUUCCUUGCUAACAAAUGCAUGGGAAUAAUCAAUCUUAUGUAUUAUUACGUGCCAAUUUUUCUGGAUUUUGAGCAGUUUCCCAAUUUGUUGGAUCUGUUUUUAUUUUAUUUAUUUAUUAUUGUUGUUUACAUGGAUCGCAAUGCGAUUUCUCUCGCUGGGUUUCUUCAAUUCUUCUUCAGUACUCUUGGUUCCUAGUUCCAGCAAUAUCAUUACUACUAUACUAGGGUUUUUGAAACGUUAUUUAUUAUUUAAUAUGGAUGCUGAUGAUGCGAACGUUUUAGGUUUAGGGAUUGAUGUUUCACCUAACUCUGAUUGUCUACGGAGUCAUGACACUGACCUGCCCUGCCAUACACAGAGAUGAAAUGAUAUAUAAAUCAGUGCUAGACAAGGACUGGUAACCAAAAAUUCCAAGAAGGGUACAUUAAUUCAUGGCCUUUGAGGAGCACUAUGUUUCUCAGGAAUUGAAAACCAUCCCCAGCCCCAUGACAGUGACAGAAAAUUUGGAUGGGUGUUUUGAUUGCAACAUCUGCUUAGAUUUUGCACAUGAACCAGUGGUCACCCUUUGUGGCCACCUAUACUGCUGGCCCUGCAUCUACAAGUGGCUCCAUGUCCAAAGUGCUUCUCUUGCACCAGAUGAGCACCCACAAUGCCCUGUUUGCAAAGAUGACAUAUGCCACACCACAAUGGUUCCUCUCUAUGGCCGUGGCCAGGGCAUAGCUCAUAGUGACCAUGAUGGAAAGGCAUCAUCCUAUAGAGGCAGUUGUAUACCACCAAGACCACCUGCUUUGGGUGCUCAAUCGCUCAUUGCAACAUCAUCUCAAAGUGUUCCAUAUCGCAACACUUAUCAAAAUCAGCAUUUAUACCAAGAAGAGGAUGCAUCAUCAUCACAAAUGCUGAACCCUGGUGCCACCAUUUUGGCACCAGGGUUCCCCCACCUUGUGUUUGGGAUGUUUGGAGAGAUGUUUUAUACCAGAGUCUUUGGGAACUCGGAAAAUUUAUACACCCACCCAAAUUCUUAUCACCUGGGGGAAAGUAAUAAUAGUCCCAGGUUGAGAAGGCAAGAGAUGCAAGCAAACAAAUCAUUGAACAGAAUUUCAAUUUUUCUGUUUUGUUGUUUCCUUCUGUGUCUAAUCGUUUUCUGAGCAAGAAAUUGGAUUAUUAUUCUCUAUUGCCCUGUUGUAUAAUUUUAAAGAAACACGGGUGUUAGCUUGAGAAUGAGAUAGAUUGAGCAAUUGUAUGUAGGGUAAAAGAACUGGUGUUCUUCAUCAUUUACUAUAAUAUAUUUGAGCUCGAUUUUUCAGAUGGCCA